CAGGUUGCUGACUCUUAGAUUUCCCUCAGAGUCCAGGGUUCAGGCAGUGGAUUUAACAAGUGGGUGCCUGACAUCCAGGGCCCCAUGUCCAGGUGGGAGGCAUGGGCUUUGAGGAGAUCCUGAAGGAGGUGGGUGGCUUUGGUCGCUUCCAGAUUCGAAAUGUGAUGCUGUUGGCCCUGCCCCGGCUCCUGCUUCCUCUGAACUUCCUCUUGCCGAUUUUCAUAGCCGCAGUGCCCACUCACCAUUGUGCCCUGCCGGCCCAAGAGCCUCUCAACAACCUUACCCUAGAGACGGCUUGGCUGGAAGCCUACUUGCCCCGGGAGCUUGAUGGCAGCUUCAGCUCCUGCUACCGAUAUCUCUACCCACACCCACUCUCCAACACUAGCCAGGUGGAAAGGGAGGAUCAAAUUGUGCCAUGUCCUGAAGGCUGGACUUAUGACCAAUCACAGUUUUACUCUACUAUUGCCACUGAGUGGGACCUAGUGUGCGAGUGGAAAGGACUGAAUCGUGCCAUAUCCACCUUCUUCUUCAUCGGUGUGCUCGUGGGGGCUGUGAUCUUUGGAUACUUGUCUGACAGGUUUGGGAGACGCCCACUACUCUUGGUAGCCUACAUGAGCACGCUAGCCCUGGGCCUGGUCUCCACCAUUUCUGUCAGCUACGUCAUGUUCGUCAUCACCCGCAGCCUCACAGGGGUUGCCCUGGCAGGCUUCACUAUAAUUGUCUUGCCCCUAGAAUUAGAGUGGCUAGAUGUUGAACAUCGCACUAUGGCUGGUGUCCUUGGCAGCACCUUUUGGUCUGGGGGGGUGAUGCUGCUGGCUUUGGUUGGCUACCUGAUUCGAGACUGGCGAUGGCUGGUGCUGGCUGUGACCCUGCCCUGUGCCCUGGGCAUCAUCAGUCUCUGGUGGGUGCCUGAGUCUGCCCGAUGGCUUAUGACCCAGAAUCGGAUUAAGGAAGCCGAAUUUUACCUCCACCGAUGUGCAGUGCUCAAUGGCCGGCCCCAAGCUAGGGAAAAACUAAGUACUGAGGUAAGGUGGAGUUGGGGGGACAGAAUUGUCACUAUCUUCGAACAUACCCUUUGGCCCUUUAGGAACAGAAGAAAAAAUGCUAAAUGUGACAUAGGUUUAGAAGAAUUGAACGUGUUUAACCUAUAUUG